AGCGUCGCUUUAUUCACGAGAAUCAGACCUGGUUUUGGCGGCUUGCAUUAAGGCGUCAUUUUUACCCGAUUUUGAGGUAUUUCGAUUUCCUGCUGUAGGUCCAGAUAUAUAUUUUUGGGAGGGAGAAUCAUUGGACAGAAACAGGUCAGCAGUUGGAGUGGUAAAUCCAGCCAGUCAGAAUGGAGGCAGAAACUCGGGUUGAGACUACUGUAGACACAGAAACUGUAGAGGACUCACCACGGCUCAUACCAAAAUCUUUGACAACCAUUCGAACAAAACAACCAGCUGCCAGCCCCCAGGUUUCCGAAACCAUGAUUGUUUCAGUGGAAGGAAAUGGAGAACAACCUCAAAUGGAAGUUACCACCGAAAUUAUUGAAACUUUAUCGGAAGCAAUUCCUUCUGCCUUGAGUAAAACAAACACUGCAGAAUCGGAGAGUGGAAUUCCCUGUCAGACAAUUUUGGAGGUUUUUGAGGUUGACAACACGGAAACGACAGUGUCUGAGAAUGAGGAGCAGGUUGCCGUGACGAUGGCUCAUACAUUGCCAGCUGAGAAUACAGAACUUGUACAACAUGAAGAGGAUGAGGAGAGAAGACGUCUGUUUUGGUUGAAGAUUAAAACGGUUAUGGAAAGCAAAAACUCAGACAUCAUUUUAGCUGAGAAGGUGGAGAGGAUUAAGAAGGUUUUGCAGAAAGAAGGAAAAGAAGUUGAUGAACCUUCACGAUUUAUGUUCUACAUUCGACAGAGGCAGUUUUCACUAAAAGUAGCGCCAGAGCUUGGGUGGCAUGAAGAAGUUGUUUGUGAACCAACGAGAGAAGAGGAUACCUCAGAUGAUUCGUUGCUUGGCAACUGGAGGCGAGUAGCAGCUGCUGAGGAAAUCUAUGACAUUGUCAAGGAAAUCCACGAACAGAAUGUGCCUCAUAAAAACUACAGAAAUACCUAUGUCGAUGUUGCCAAGAAAUAUGCCCGGAUCCCUCGUCACAUCUGUAAGGAGUUUGUUUUCUCAUGCCCAAGCUGUUCACUGAGGAGAGACAGAAAUGUCAGUAUAUUAACUAUCAAUGAAGACGGAACUCCCAGAAGACCCCUCAAGCGAAAGGCAUUUUCUCCAGUCACUCCAAUCAGAGUCGCUAGAAUGAGCAAAGUUAGCAAAGUAAGUUUGCAAGACUUCAAGGUGAAGGGACUGAUUGCAGCACCAUUUACACCUUUUGAAGAGAAUGGAGAUUUGAAGACUAAAAGCAUUGCCCCUUAUGUCAAGGAUUUACUUCAGGAUGGAGUGGAUAGUGUGUUUGUUCUUGGUACCACUUCUGAAGGGCCAUCGCUGACACUGAGGGAAAGGAAAGCAGUAGCCUCUGAAUGGGUCAAAUGUGGCAAAGGAAAGUUGGAUCAUGUCAUAGUACAAGUGGGAGCUGGAAAUCUGAAAGAUACACAGGAUUUGGCUAUGCAUGCCUCAUCCAUCGGUGCUUCAGCUGUAGCUGUGCUUCCUCCUGUUUUCUUCAAACCCCAGACACCAGAGCACCUUGUGAAUUAUCUGAAGCAGGUUGGAGACGUUGUACCUACAUUGCCUCUUUACUACUAUCAUUAUCCCAAGAUGACUGGAGUAGAUUUCACCAUGAUGGACAUCUUGAGGGCUCUAGAGUCAGAUCCCAUCCCCAAUUUCAAGGGGGCAAAGUUUGUGAGCGCUGACCUAACUGACUUCAGCCUUAGUGUCAACGUAUCAAAGGACAAAUACCAGAUGAUCUUUUCACUUGAAGGGAUGGAGCUACCCUCUAUGACUCUGGGUGCUACAGCAUUUGUAGGAAGCAUAUUUAGUUUUGCAGGGAAGGUGGUUACUAGACUGAUUGAAGCAUAUGAAUCAGGAGAUUUGGAGCGGGCAAGAGCAGAACAGUUCCGGAUUCAUGCUUUCCUUGAUGUCAUGAACAGAUACGAGAAAAUUGCAGGCUUUGCGACCCUAAAAUAUACCAUGACUCUGGCAAAAUUCGAUGUUGGUCCGCCUAGACCACCGCUGUCACAGAUGAGCCCAGAAGACAUCGAAGCUUUGCGCAAGGAUCUGACUGAAAUUGGCUUCUUUGAUUGGAUCAACUAAGCUACAAGUGGAUUGACUGGCUUGUUGAGGGAUCUUGAUUAAUUGUUCAGCUAGUCGAUCUAAAGACAAGUUGAUCAACUCCAUGCAGUUUAGCAGACAGCAGAUGAAUCAACAUAUAUUCAGGUGAAUUCAGUGACUUUCUGGUAGAUCCACGUAAGGUGUAAAAAUCACAAAAAGGGAUAAAUUGAUUAACUGGAUACAUGUAUCUACGAUUUACAGCAACAUCCACUGGAGUUGGUGCAGCUGACUAGUUGGUGGAUGAUUUGAUGUCUGUUUUGAACAUCCUGCCCAUCUGUUGAUCACAAGAGCUUUUUUUGCUAAAUUUUAUAUAAAAUAUUUACAUAAAGUAAAUCUUACGUUGGCCAACUGACCAAUGGCUACAGUAUCCAGUGAUCACCAAAAUUGCUGUAUGAUUUGAUCAAGGUAUUUAAAUGGUGAAACAGUUGACUUGUUAUGCUUGUGCAUCAACGAAACCGAAGCUGGAAAUUAAAAAGAAUCAACAUGUUUUCAUCUAAGCUAUGAAUGAAAACAAAUACAUGUUGUGGUUAUUGGGUAAGAAAAUACAUUUUCGUGAGGUUUUUUUUCUGGUUGAAGAAAUUUGUUUUUAUUAUUCAAUUUACAGUUUCAUCUUUUGCUUUCCAUCUGUUUGAAGGCUGCAGAGUAAACAUAACUGUUAGAAAGUCCAUUUUUGAAAGAUAAGAAAUUCCUGUUCAUAGAUCUGGUGUAAAAUACCUACAUUUAUUACCUGUGUUUACUUGUUAGUACUCUUUUCUGAAUUUGCUAUGGAACUUUACUUGAAUUGUGGUGUUUGUGUCAGGAGAAAUGAUCCAGGACUUCUGAUCAUGCCCAAUGCAGCUAGCAUAGAAAUGACAUACGUGUACUUAUGCCAGUGCAGACUUACAAAAUUUCAUUUUUUGCAGAGAUUGUGAAAGAAAUAUUAAUUUUACUUUUAAUUUAAAUGGAUUGACAGGUUCAUUGGUUUUCAUGAAAUUAAUCCCAAAGUUUUUCUUUUGCAGAUGCACAGAUAUAUUUACGCUGACAUGAUUAGCUCUUGAAUUUUCAAUGGAGUUAACAGGUUUUAAAAUUCAUUGUAUAUCACUGUGCUUAGGUCCAUUUAUUUGUUUCAAAAUGUGGCAAAAAUCCCAACUGGUUUUAUUAUUUCCAGUUGCCCACAUAAAAAUACAUGUGCGUAAACAAUUGAAACAACAGAGAUUGUUAACUGCCUAGGAUGUCUGCAUGUCAUACAUUUUCCAUUUACUUGAACAAUUGGAUUUACCGCUAAAUUGCAGUUGCAAUCCUGAACAAGCAGUUACAAAAAGAUGCACAAAAAGUAUGUUUACGAUUAUAUUCAAGUGUGACCUCAAUGACCCAAAAUGUCGAUUGACUGUUUAUUCUUUCCCAGAAAACCAGAAUUUUGUAUUUUUCAUGAAUCAUGCAUUGUCUACAUAUUCUACACAUAACAGACAUUAAUUUUUCUAUUUUAGUUUUAACUGUCAAGGUUUUCACAUUGAGUUCUACUACUUUUAAUUUUUCCUUUUACCCCAUGAAAUGAAAGUACGGCUGUACUGUUACACAUUUACAGUUAGCAUUGUACAAUAAAACCACAAGAUUUGCUAUCUUUGUAUGCCCUGUAAAUUACAUUUCAACACACUUGUACUGGUUCAAAUAAAUAUUUAGAGUACGAAGGCAAAGAGA